GCUAAGGGCAUGGUUAUAAAACCCAUAUGCCACGCGUUUUUCCUCACAGUCUUUUCCAGAAUCUGGAAGAGUGAAUGGCAAUAUUUGACACCUUUAUUGUAUUUGUAGAGUCGGUUUUCAAUGAAACUGUGACAUCGCAUGAUAGUAGUGUAGAGUGUAAAUUGUGUAGGACUUUUAAUUAACGAAAAUGGGCCACACCAUAAUUUGUUGGCACGUAGUUUUCCUUAUGCUUGGAUUCACGCGUGUGUCGAGCCCAAUGCAGACAGCUGUAUUCUAUGGCGGAUAUAUCAACUACGAUUUGGAACAUCAAAACGGGACAUACACGGCCCAUGUGCAAAUCAUUACUGGCUGGGAAUUGGGGACAGGACCAUGCGGUCCAAACUGCUCACGAAAUCACGUUGGCACAUCGACACUGAUAACUAGAAGGUCGAUCGAACAAUCUACACAGAAUAAUAUACGAUUUGGGAACUACACAUACGAAACCGAAGAACACAAACGGAUAAAAAUGAUCAAUGAAGCCUUAGUGGGUACAAUUCAAGAGACAGUCGUUGCAGUUAGCGGAAGUGAUCAUUGGGAACAGGAAAUUGCAACAUUUUCAAUACAAAUCAACGAAACUAAAGAAGCGGAUAUUGUCGCUGAGGGGAGUUUCUGGAAAGAGCUUACAAUACAGAAGCAACCAAACGGACCAUUACCGUGGCACUUGCAAACCCAUAUUACUCCAGUGAUCAGAAAUGACACUAAAAAACCAAACAAAGCACCAAAAUUAUUACCAAAACCCUUUUAUAAAAUUCUACUCAACAUGACAACGAUCAUCAACUUCCCUGCUUUUGACGAAGAUGAUGACAGAAUUGAGUGUUCUAAAUCACAAUUUAGCGAAGCGGGUUUUCUAAACAAAGGGGCCAUACCAUCAGGGAUUGAUGUGUUUCCGAACUGUUCGGUGAAGAUUGAAGCAACACUGGAGAACAAUUACACAGCAGAGACAUGGAUAGCCAUUUCAUUAAAUGCAAGGGACUACAGCACUAUCAACUUCAAUGGUGGAAAUUUUGCACUCAGUUCAUCUACUUUUCAGUUCAUAGUUCUUGUAACAAGCCGCCUGACAAGUCCCAGAUUUGUCUCGCCUUCGGAAGCUUCAAGCACAGAAUUUAUUGUUUAUGCUGAUGCUGUUUGGACUACUAAAAUAUUUGCCGAAUCAAGUCAUGAUGUACAUUUCAACUUGCUUUGCUCGAGGAACGAGACCGUGUUGGUAUCAGCUGUAACUGAUGACCCUGAUGGCCGUGAAAAUGUCCAAUAUGUGGAGUUAAGAUGGAUACCAUCAAGGAGUGAAAUUGGUCACCACAUGGUCUGCCUUACCGUGACGGAUAUCAAUGGACUUGAUUCAAACGAAAGGCGAUGCUUCAAUUUGCAAGUCAGAGAUCGACUGUCGGAAAUAUGGCAAAAUUCAACAACUACGAUAUCUACGGAUGAACCAUAUUUUGUUGAUAACCCGCUCGGUUCUGUGUCUUGUCCUAUGAACGUGUAUUGCACCAUACCAGUUUUUGUAAAUGCUAAAAGAGGACUGAAAGAUAUAAUCAUAACACGAAAUUACCUGAAUUCAGCAUCACUUACAUUUUUCCGUAACGUAACUCACAACGGAACAAUGCUGUACGCAACUGAUCUUACCUAUCGUAAUUUCUCAGGAGGAGAUGGAGUCAUCUGUCUUCAAGCAACGGACAUCCAGUUCAAAAGCUGUGAAAUCUGCAUAAACGUGUUAGUCUUUCCUCCGAAUCCAUGUUUAUCAAGGCCUUGCAUGAAUUCUGGUACAUGUGUGCCGGACAACGACAACUCCGGACUUUUUAAAUGCAUUUGUCCAGAACAUUAUUCCGGAAGAUUGUGUUCUCAACUCGAGGAAAGCUGCCCUGUGGGCAUAUGCAAUCAUGGCAGGUGUAUACCAAGGAACCCAGGAUACGGAUGCUUUUGUUCGGACGACGGAGAAACUGCAAACAUAUACAGUUACCCCAACUGUUUGAACAAGACUAACACCUGCCUACCAAAUAAAUGCGUCUCGAAUGAAUUGUGUGUCGAUGGCAUCUCAAACUAUACCUGCAUGAAGCUACCACCGCAAACAACUUCUAACUGUUCCAGUUGUGCAGUUGGUACGUUUUGUGAUACCAACACCGUUACCAGGCAGCAGUUUUACCUGUACCACCAGUAA